AUAUUGUCUCGGGUGUGGUUUUUUUUUUUUCUUUUUCGGCAGGUUUACAAUCCCCAGCCUUGGCCUGGAUUUCAUGUGCUGAAUGAAGACACAAGGCUUGGUCUUUUUACCUUCUGACGUGCUGAUGUGGUUGGUUGGGGGGGGGGGGAGCGAAAUCCUUACUGCGCUUCAGUAGGUGGUGUGACAAGAUUAAGAGCCAAAAACAAAAUCCUCCGACUUGUUUGGAACACAGUCUAACCCUAAGGGACUGGGUGUCUCGGCGGUUCCAGCAGCCAACGCGGGGCAGACCUUAAGGACGGUGACGAGAGACAGUGUUCCGGUGGGGUGGGGGGGGGGUUCCGCAGCGGAGAAGGUUCCGUGGAGACAUCUGGGUGUUUCAUUUGGACAGCCGGAUAAAUACUUGUGUGCGCGCAGCUGUCAGUGGGCCGCGACGGGAGAUGUCUAAGGAAGACACAUGAGAACAUGGCCAGCACGGAGGAUGAUCUAAUUGGUAUUCCGUUCCCCAAUCACAGCAGUGAGGUUCUGUGUGGACUCAACGCCCAGAGACAAGAUGGCCUCCUCUGUGAUGUCAUCCUUAUCGUCCAGGAACAGGAGUACAGGACGCACCGGUCAGUCUUAGCCGCCUGCAGCCAGUAUUUUAAGAAGCUCUUUACCGCGGGCUCGUUAUUAGAUCAGCCCUACAUAUAUGAGAUUGACUUUGUAGAGCCCGACGCGUUUUCAGCCAUAUUGGAAUUUGCCUACACAUCCACUCUGACCAUCACCGCGUCCAACGUUAAACACAUCUUGGACGCGGCCGAGAUGCUGGAGAUUCAGUGCAUCAUCAACGUAUGUUUGGAGAUUUUAGAGACGCCCAGAGACGGGGAAGAGGACAACGAAAAGGAAGAAGAUGAGGAUGAUGACGAUGACGACGAUGAAGAAGAAACAAAAGACUUCAUGAAUGAGGAGAACCAGACUGAUAUCCAGGAAUCCAGCUGUCACCAAAGCCCCCCGACCUCAGAGCAGCUGGAGGGGCACUAUGAAUCGCAGAAGGACCUCCCAACGCAUUUCUCAUCCAUGACCAACUCUACCGGCCAGAGCGCUAUAAAGGAUUUCUCCAUUGAAUCGUUACUAAGUGAAAACCUGUACCCCAAAAGUAACAUGGCGGAGAGAAGGCCAACUAUUUCUCAUUUUCUACCGGGCUUCUUCCCCCACCUUUGGAACGGCGACUUAGGGGCCUUUGCCCAACUCCAAGAGCAACCGGAAGACAACGGGCCCUUGGAUCUUGUGAUCAAAAACAGAAAGAUUAAGGAGGAGAAGCAGGACGAGCUCCCUGCACCCCCUUUCCCCAAUGAUUUUUUCAAGGAGGUGUUUGCGGCCCAUCCGGGCAGCCACUUUGGGCAGAUUAAGGCAGAAAUGGACUACAGCGCUUAUCUCAGCUUCCUCAGCGCGGCGCAUCUGGGAAUGUUUCCCCCGUGGCCUUUGGAGGAAGAGAGAAAACUAAAGCCAAAGGCGUCGCAGCAAUGUCCCAUCUGCCACAAAGUCAUCAUGGGGGCGGGGAAACUGCCCCGGCACAUGAGAACCCACACGGGAGAGAAGCCAUACAUGUGCAACAUCUGCGAGGUCCGCUUCACUAGGCAGGACAAGCUGAAGAUCCACAUGCGGAAACACACGGGGGAGCGGCCGUACCUGUGCAUUCACUGCAACGCCAAGUUUGUCCACAACUACGACCUCAAAAACCACAUGCGCAUCCACACGGGCGUGCGUCCGUACCAGUGCGAGUUCUGCUACAAGAGCUUCACGCGCUCCGACCACCUUCACCGCCACAUCAAGAGACAGAGCUGUCGCAUGUCCAGGCCCCGGAGAGGGAGGAAGCCGGCGGCAUGGAGAACGGCGAGUCUCAUGUUUGCCCGCAACAACCGCCAGGAGGAUAAGAAUUUCAUGGUGAUGCCCCCCGGUCUGGACGGGACCAUGUGCGUCCCGGGGCCCAGCCAAAAGCGCUUUAUGGGGGAGGCCAGGGGCAUGAUCAACCUGCACGACUUGGAGAGCCAGUUUGAAGACUCCCAAAUGAAACUGUUAGAAAAGGCCCGUUUGGAGUCGGAACGGAACGGCGGACUCUUUGCGUAUCCGUUACCCCGCGGCGAGACCCUCUCUCCGAGCCAGUUCCUGGUUGGUGGGAACCCUUGGGACCUGUCGUACAACCGCGCGUCGGAAACAGUCAACAGCUACAGUAAAGCUUUGUAACAAGGGCCAAGCGCCAAUGUACUGUGUAGCCUACGGAAUGUUUUAUAGCUAUCUAGAUAUUUCUGCAACACAAAUCCUCUCCAAAGAGUGAGUGCACACUCACAUGUCAGUAUAAUACUGAUAUACGUACCUAUGGCACUCAGACCCAUAUAUGCAUGUACAGUUUUCUCCCCACCCCCCUUUCAUUAAGACGUGGGGCUGCAGGCACGAAUAGGUUAAUUUAUUAUACAGUAUGUCACUAUCUGAAGCCCCUCUAUAAACAGAGAGAGGAAAACUGAACCUUUACCAAUUUGCUGGUCCUCAUUGGUUUACAUGUAAUUCAUCUGAAUCCUCCAAGGGAAAUGUAAUGCUCACUCGCAUUAGUACGCACAGGAUUAAAGGGGAAGUUAACCUUAGGAUGGACUUGUAAUAUAAGCUGUAAAAGCGGUGUAUUAUGUUUUCUUCUCUGAUUUAUUUCUGACCAAUGCCAGGUAAGGAAAAGGCGCAGCAAUGCUGUCUGUCUGUACCGGGUCGGUAAGCCCAAUGACCAGAUAUUUAUUGAUGAUCAUUUUAUUUGUUAUUUUUGUAUUUAGGUCCCAUCUAUCGUCUAUCACUCACACUACUGCCUGGUUGGUAGGGAAGGUGGAACCUUAGCAACCAGACAGAAGUGGAAAUGUCAAACUAAAAAGCUGCAAACCAAAAAACAGAAAAACCCCAAAACACAGCAAAAACCCACCUGUUGCUCAAUGGCUGGGAACAGAACUACCUACAUCAUACUCAAUACGUGCUAAGGGGAAUAUCGCAAGUUUGGCCCACAGUUAACAGAUAAUGCAAAGAGGGUUCAAAUUCAAUUAAAAAAGGGGUUAAUUUAUAAACACAAGGGCCAGGAGCAAAAAUACACGCAAUACUGAGCAUUCAUUGAUGAUAUUCACAAAGGUGUUUGGGUCUAUAUGUGCUACUUUGCAGGAACGGUCCAACAGAACCAGAGGGCAGUGGUCCCAGAUGUUGGUGGGAAUGCAGUGAUUUGCAGUUCUACAUGACUUGGAGGACAAUGGGGGGCUAAUCCAUGAGCUUAGAUGGCCACAGCCAAGCUGGAAGAGUAAUAGUUUGAGAGCCACCGCCAUCCCAUGUUACUGAGAAUCACCAAUCACGUCGAUCUUUGCCCGAAUUGGCCAUCCAAUGAUAUGGCUCCUGUGCCAACAAUUAUAAUAGGGGCCUAUGCAGACCUGUUUUGAAUGGACCAACUCAAUUGGGUGAUGUGUUCCUAGUCCAACAGGGUUUUUAUAUAUAUAUAUAUAUAGCCCCUUCCGCAGGCCAAUAACGAAUCAGCCUAGAGGAGCCAAGUCAGCAGCUAAUAUCGGCCUGUGUAUAAGGUUGCCACCUUUCUUAAACAAUAAUACCGUACAGGGAAUAGGGGAGAGUGGGCGGGUCAGCAAUGGGCAGGGUUAUGAUGUAAAAUGGGUGGGGUAAUAGCAUGAAGGGUCAGAAUUGUGACAUAAAAGGGGCGGGGCAAUUAUGUGUUUGGGAAGGCACCAGACAUAUGGGGCUAGAGUCCCUUAAGGUGUCCAUACACGUGAAGAUCCGCUCGCUUGGCGAGGUCACCAAGCGAGCGGAUCUUCUCCUGAUAU